CAUGCGCAUUACAUCAUACCAAUAUCCGUCAGUGAAAAAAGAAAACAAAGGGGGGAGAUUGCAAACAACAGGAGCCGAAAACUUCCCGAGUCUUUAGCUUAUCACGUUCCGCGAUGUACACAGACAGACCUCAGUACUAUGAUUCGGCCUCUCGCUUAACAGUGGUGGCACACUUCUGUGGGGUCGUCUCCAUCGUUCUCUUGCUCGUCUGGUUGCUCCACUAUCGCGAGGGCAUAGAUUAUUAUUCCGGCGAUGCGUUCCGAGUUUUCAAUGUUCACCCAUUCCUUAUGGUAUUUGGGUUUAUUUUCUUCAGCGGUGAAGCGAUGAUGGCGUACAAGACAAUAUUCGCGACGAGGGAUGUUCAGAAGUUCAUGCACAUGUUGCUCCAUCUCAUCGCGUUUGCCCUCGGAGUCGUAGGCAUUUGCGCGGUUUUCAAGUACCACAACAUGCAGCAAGUCGAGGACAUGAACAGCCUCCACUCAUGGAUCGGCAUCGGCACCAUCUCCUUGUUCGGAUGUCAGUGGCUAUUUGGUUUCUUCACCUACAUGAUCAGAGGCGCAUCGACGUCGACCAAAAAGAGAAUUAUGCCGUGGCACAUAACUGGAGGGAGAGUCGUCCUGUUCAUGGCGGUAUGCUCGGCCUUGACCGGGUUGAUGCAGAAGGCUACUUUCUUAAAACUCGAGCACGAGAGAGAAGCGCGCUUCCUCAAUUUCACCGCCGUCUUCAUCCUCCUCUUCGGAGUCUUCGUCGAUCUCUCCGUCUCUCUCGCUCAUUACGUAUGAUUCUUGUACCAAUGUUCGAUUCGAUAUGCACCUUCUUUUUCUUGAAUCAUUUGCUUUUUGUUUCUCCACUGUUGAAAGCGUGAUUUAAUUAAUACUGAUUGAUGUACUAGUGUCUCUUAUCAUAAUUUAUUGGUUAUUUUGGUUUCUA